UUUGUUGUUUGAGGUUAUGUCGGGUAAAAUUUCAGAUCGCUUUUCGCAUAUAGUUUUAUCCAUGGUUUUAUCUUUCUUUAAAAAUAUAAUAAAUACACAAGAAAAGUUUAAUUAUCCAACGGAAUAAUAUUUCAUUGACCAGAUGUAGUAAUUCAGUAAUAAUUAACAUGUUGUGAUUGCAAGUUAAUUAAAUAUCUCGAAAUUGAAAUGUGAGAAUACAAACUCAAGACAAGUAACAAUCACGUAACAAUAAAGAUUUUACCAACAAUGGAGGGAAGUGACGAACAAAAGACUUUAAAAGAUUAUGAAUUUUCCUUUGAGAUUGAUAUUGACGAAAUGAAAUGUGACAAAUCUUCGGAUUCGGAUACAAAUGAUUUGGAAAUAGAUGUAUCGGAAGUUGAUGAUAAUUAUGACUCGAAUAAUAUACGAAGUAAACGUGUCACAUGCAUUGCGGAUGCAUUUGACGGUUUGGAUAAAAUGGAGGAGGAAAUAGAGAGACAACUGGAUGCGAAAGCGGCAAAAAUAAACUUAACUGCAACAAAUGUCAAGAAUAUUUUACGGCACGUCAUUACAAAUGAACAAGUAAGGGCAAUGGUCCGACGAAGAUUGAAUAAGUCCACUGACGAUGAUGGCAUGGUUUUCGAACCGAAACUUACCAGAUCGAAAGCAAAAGAAUUGGGGGCAUUGGGUCAGCCAAACAUUCCUUGGCCUUCGACUCCCGUGAAAACCGCUUCGGCCGAAGUUCAGGUGCUGAUCGAAGAAGAACUUCCCGAAGACUCGUCAGACGAGGAAUAUGAUCCCGACAAGGAUCUGCAAAGUGACGAUGACGACAAGGAGGCUGACAAUUCAAUUGGAAGUGACGUUGACUCACAACCCUCGACGCCGGCGACUCCUCUCAAUGAUUCGUUAUCACAGGAGGCAAAAAUUGACACUCAAUACGAUUCCGAAGGAGUUUUCAAAAUUCCCGAAAUUCCUCACGUCCCAACAGAAGAAGAAAGUAUUGGACAAAGAACACGAUCGAAAUUAUGUCUCAGUGAAACGCCAUUGGAAUAUAUUGAACAAGCGUUUAUACCACCGGAUAUUACAACCGAUAUGUAUGACCAUGAUUGCGAUUUAGAUGAAGAUUAUAGGAAUUUUCUUAAAGAUUUCACUCAACCUCUACCACAGGAGGUCAAUGUUGAAGAUGAUCCCGAAGCCGAUCCCGAGUACGAUUUUUUUGGAGAUGAAACCGAACUACUGGACAAAGAGGAAUUUCGAAUGGAUCGAGCAGUAAAUAUUUCCCGUAAAGAAGUGAAUAAUUUGAUGGACGAAUUAUUGGAGUAUGCCAACGAAUAUGCGCACACACAUUCAACGGAGAAGGAAAUCGGGAGUCAAGAAACACCGAAAAAGAAGAAAUCCACUGAUUAUGUAAAUCCACCGAUAGAAACUAAUCACUUGAAUUCGCCGAUUGAACUCAUAUCAGUUUUAUCAAACGCAGACUUACCAAAGAUUGUCAGCAUCGAGCAACGCCAAUUACUUAAUAUUCAGUUACGACAACACAUCCAGCUUAUGUCUCAACAAUUUUUAAUGUGCUACAAACAUCCGGAAUAUCAUAAAUUCGCUAAAGGUUGUAAAUCAAAUAUCGAGAGUUUAAGAUUUUUAAGUUCCGGUCCACAAUCAGCUUUCAAUGUUGAUAACUUGCCGCACGCACUGCAAUUAAUCACCGACUGUGAGGAUUUUUUCAAAGACGAAAAAUUCUCCGAUGAAUAUGUACAUUUUUUGGCGGAAGAUAUGAAGAAAGGGGCAAUGAAGAGUCGCAAAGUUCAUACACACAAAUUUCAUCCAUCUUUGGAGAACCUAAUAAUGGAAAGUAAAGCGCUUACCUAUCCGAAUCUUUUGCCUCACAUGUACACCAGAAGUGAUGUCAACAAUCGAAGGUGUCGUAGUUUCUUCAAAUCAGAAGAAAAUUUGGUUGCUUUGGGUUUGGAGCAAUUUAAACCGUUUGUCUUGGACAAGGGAAAUAUGAAGCACAAAUAUAAAACUUACUUGCUGCACGAUGUCAUUCGUUUGACACGAAUAUAUCUUCUUCCAGCUCGCGAUUCAAAUGCAAUUUACGGCCUUAUCAAAAAGUACGAAAACCCUCAUACGGAAGGACCAGUCAGAUAUUACCUUUCAAAUGGGAAAGCACCGUCGACAAUUCACGUGAUUAGCCUCGAUCCAGUACUAAGAGCACCUAAAGAACAACCAGUUGAACUGUUACCGGAAAUAUGGCGAAAAUUUACGAAACACGUAAAUAACGAACCUAGUGAAAUUGAAGGUCUUAUCAAUGGUGAAUUAGCAGAAUUUCUCGAAAUUAAUCCCGGAAAACAUGUUCGCAAUCCCAUCGUGAAUAUGAUGCCGUCAGUGGAUUUGUCAUCAGGAAGAAAUGCACGUAAAAAGGGAACUGUAAAGAAUACGAUCGUACACAUUCCAUCAAAUUUUUCCGAGGAAAUGAUUCUUCCGGAUAUUAUGGACGUUGACACGCAUAUCGUUAUGGAAAUGGAUGUCAGUGACAAUCAACAACAACCAACAACGUCGACUUCAAAAAAGUUAUCUCCACGUUCGUCAAAAAUACGUAACAUUCAAACUGUUGAACCGACAAUUCAAGUUUUCGCCACGGAAAGCGGAGAGAUGAUUGUACCUGAAAUUAUGGACGUUCAUACGAAUGUUGAAAUGGAAAUUCCCGACAAUGACAAUCAAAAGCGAUUACCACAAUUGAGACAAACGACGACACGUUUGGCGAAAAUGCGAAGCGCACAAAAUAUCAAAUCCAUGACGCAGGUGAUCACUGGGAAGGAAAUUUCGCCGAGUUCAAUGAAAGCGAAAGGCGGCAAAGCACACGACUCGUCAAAAAGUUCCGAUUUCUCCUCAACCUCGUCUUUAAAAGGGGACAACGAAGAUGAAAUUGCGGAAUUAAUGAGAGCGAGUACGACAAUAAAGAAGAAUGCAGUUGUGAAUCGGAAGAAAGCGAAACAAGCGCGUGAAUUGGAAAAUAUAAAGCGUAUGAUAGAAUCGGAAAAUGAAUUAAAUACCGAGGAGAGAGCAACAAUUUUGUGCUUCUUUAAAGAAUUUGCCGAGUCGUAUCUGCAAAAAUUACACAGUACACUCGAAUCAUCUGAUCCAGAGACAUUCAAGGCAAUCAUUAAAUUAUUUCUCGAAUACAGUGAGAAACUUGACAAUAUUCUUCAAACGGAAAAUGAAAACGAAAUGAAGAGUGAUGAAGGCAAAAACGUUUCUACGUCGGGCGAAAAGAAAUCGAAAAUGAAUGACUUGCCGGGAAUAAAAGACAUGGUGGCAAUUAAUUUCUAUCGGGAGGUUUGUGAGAAAUUGGAAAAUUACCCAGAUAUGUCCUCAGACUUUUUACUGUUUCUAAAUUCCUACCAAGCGGGUAUGGUCAACAAAUCAUUGGAAUGGAUGAUGUUACAAAGAAUGCAAGAAUUUGUACAAGUCGCUCAGGUUUAUUUCGCCAAACAACCGUCACGUUUGACAAAAGUCAUGCAGUCAAUUUCACAACUUGCGUCAGCUCCCUACACGCCUCUUAAAAGUGUUUACGAAGCAAUUAGUCCAAUUCUCAAAGGAAGUCCUAUUGUUAUGGACUUGUUUCUACAAGUUUUUCCCCAGGGAAAACCACCCGAGAGUUUGUUUGCGCCUCAAUUUUUCGAAAAUAUCACCUGUCCGGUUGGUCCUCAUGAUAAAAGUAAAAUUUCAACCCUCGAUCUUCCGGAUUUGUAUGAAAAUAUCGAAUUGCCAGUGUCGACAACCCAGGAAGAUCCUUACGGCGGGGAAAAUUGCAAGUGUAACUGUCACGAUGUCGCUGAUUCAAAGCUUAAGAGCGGAAACGAACAUUGCGCUUCCUGUGGAACAAGGUUUCUCAACGGUAGAAUUUAUCUACAAACGUCAGAAGGUCUACGACCAGCAAAAAUAACGUUUCCAGGUGAAAAUGACGAGAAAUUGGAAAAUAUUGCGCGUGUUUCAUUGAAAACAGCGGAGAAAUUUGUGUACGCGCCACCGCAACAAAAGCGAAGGAGAAAAUCGUCAAAAAAUGAUUCCACGGGAGAUGAAACUAACGCAAAACAAGCGGCACCAUUUAAAGUAUCACCAAUCAAAGAAGCCUCUACUUUAGAUGAAAAUCUAGAAAAAUUGGUAACAACAAAAUCAAAAAGGGGUCCAAGAUCGCCGCCAAAGACAGCUCAAUCCUCGAGCAGUGGUAUUAAUAGCAAAAGGACAAUUUUAAUUUGCAAAGGGAAACGGUUUUUGAAAGCGGGGAAACGUGACACUAAACAGGAGAAAAAUUUCCAGAAUAGUUCCAGUGAAUCUCUGUCUAAUAAAACUCAAUCGGAAGAAUCAUCGGAACACUCUAAUAUUAAAAUGGACAGUUUUAUGGAUGACGAUGAGAGAAAUGCAUUGAAGUUAAUGAAAUCAUCAGAGUCUAGUGAUUCCGAGGGUAGUGUUUGCGAUUUGAUAGAAGAACGAUUAGAAACUAGACCUUGGUCCCGACAAGAGGACGCCAUUCUUUUGCAAAGUAUUAAGAAAGAUUAUUCGGAAAAGAGUUUCAUUUCCAUAAGUCAAGCACUGGAAAAUCGUUCAGUCCAACAGGUGAAAGAUCGAUGUCAAAUGUUAUUGAAACUAUUAGAAAAAAUUUCUUAAAAAUUAAAUUAUAAUUAUAUAUUUUCCUCAAUAUUUGAAAAUAUAUAUUAUGAAAAAAUAAAUUAAACUAUAAUAGAUACUUUGAAAAUCUGUGAUUUAUCAAAUGUAAGUAAUUGUCAAGCUGUGAUAAAAUAUAUUUAAUUUGGUGAUAAUUUUAAAUUAAAAAAACCUUUCUUUAUUUUCUUCGUAACAAUUUCCUAUUACCGUACAAUAUUUUUGUUAAUAUAUAAUAUAUAAUUCAUUGUGAGAUGUUAAUCACUCGAGGGGAAUAUAUAUUUUUCUUUUUAUAUACAGUACUUUCACUCGAGUGAAUAACGCAAAAACAAUUAUUAUUUUCUCACUCACGUAAAAUGAAAGAAAGCAUUUUUUAAACAUUACUUCUUUUACUACGUUAAAAAUAGUAUUUUUUUAACGUAUUUCAUUUUUUUUCAUGUAAUUUCAUAUAGUGUACUUAGCUUUUAAAGAAAUUAGUGUAACGAGUAUAAAGUUUUUAAAAGAAAUCUUUCUCUAAGUGAUAAUUUUACAAAAAGGAUCAAAGAUGCAUUAUCGUUAAAUUGGAAAAAUUUUACUGACGCUAUAUUUUUGUUCUUAAUUUGAAUAUUUAUUUACAAGGGAAUAUAAAUUGUCUGGGCCCCAAAAAUUUUAAUCACCGUCAUCGUUGUUUUUUUUUAAUUGCCACCGAUUAUUUUUUAGUUUGCAAUUUCUUAGCAACAUUUUUUUUGUUAUCAAUUGCUAUUUACAGGAUUUUUAUUUCUCUGCAUGCAAUAUCUAAAGAUGUUUAAAAAAAACUGUCAUUUUCGUUAUUUUUUUAACUCUUUUAAAAUUGCCAAACUUUUUUCAUCUCUUUUCAAUGACGCGAAAAAAGUUUUUAAUUUAAUUUGCGAAUAUUUAAAUUACUUUUUUGAUUUAUAGAAAAGAGCUUUUUAUAGAAUAAAAAAGUAACUUUUUUACAUUCGUAGAAUAAAAAUUUAGAAGAGGAAAA